AUGUUCAAUCCAGGCUUCUAUCAGGACGACGACCCUAUGUCCGGCAUGUUUCCCCCAGGCAUGAUGGGCAGAGCAGGCGGCAUGCCACCUCGCCGCUUCGACGAAUACUACCGCUGUUACCCCGUCGCCAUGUUGCCUGGUCCCGAGCGAGAGAAUGUGAACCACGGCGGAAAAGUCAUCAUGCCGCCCAGUGCUCUCGACAAGCUGACACGCCUACACAUCACAUAUCCUAUGCUCUUCGAGCUAAUAAAUGGGAACAAGGAUACUAUGACGCACGCGGGUGUAUUGGAGUUCAUUGCGGAGGAGGGAAAGAUCUAUCUGCCUUAUUGGAUGCUCGAAACCCUCUCUCUCGAACCCGGCGACCUUCUCCAAAUCAAAUCCACCGACCUCCCCUCCGGCCAAUUUGUCAAACUCCAAGCUCAAUCUACAUCGUUCCUCGAUAUAUCCGACCCAAAAGCCGUCCUCGAAAAUGCCUUCCGAAAUUUCUCCUGCUUAACCGUCGGCGAUGUCUUCACCUUUGCAUACAACGACAGUGUCUAUUCCAUGAAAGUGCUUGAAACAAAACCCGGCAUCGCUGCGAAAGGAGCUAUCAGUGUACUCGAGACGGAUCUUGAAGUUGACUUCGCCCCUCCGGUGGGCUAUGAAGAGCCGAAACGCGUCAGUGGUACCAGCACACCUAGAUCAAUGACAGGCGGUUUGCCGGCCGGCGGAACACUACACAGCACUGGCACCAUGUCCAAAGCAAUCAACUACGCCUCCAUAGCACCUACAUCAUCCACAGCAGCCGAUGGCGCAAAAGCCGUCUCCUCCAACUUCCUCCUCGGAGGCCAAAAGCUCAACGCGCGGAAGGGCAGUAAAGCGCCCACACCCAAAGCGUCCACCCCAGUCGCAGGCGCUUCGACGAACCCUCCUCCAACUACCAUCAGGCGCACCAACGGACCACAACCACUCCGUCUGCCGCCGGGGAAACUGUUCUUCGGCUACGAAGUCAAACCCGUACGCAAGACUGGCGAGCAAAAAGAGAAAGUUGAAGAUGAAAGCAAGCCGAAGUUCCAAGGGCAGGGACAAACGCUGAGAGGAGGCCUGAAACGCAAGGGUGGGGAGCCGGAUGCCGUUGAGAAGAUAGAAAAGGGCAAGGAAGCGGAGAAGAAAGAUCCUGGUGCAGGGGGUGGGCAGAAAUUAGGUGGGAGAACGUUGAGAGAUGCGCCGAAAUGA